AUGGACGACUGGACGUCGAAGCAGCUCCCUGAGCGCCUUCCCUUCUCGAAGAAGCGCCUCCCCAAGAAGGUCAUCUUUUCAUAUAUUGGCGACUAUCUCAUCAUACUGCAAGGCCGUCCCUUCCGUAUUCUCAUGAUAACCUUCGCUAUCGUCGACAAAAUCCCGCCCUUCCACCAGCAUUUUGCCCUCGAAAACUACACCCUCCACUAUCCUUUCGCCGAACAUGAGCGCGUGCCUGUCCCCUGGCUAUGCGUCUACGUUAUUCUCGCACCCGCUGCGAUUAUCGCACUAUACACAAUGGUCAUCGACGGUCUCUUCUCACACCAGACGACGAUGCCCGCGCGCGGGCCUGGCAUCAAGCGCCUUGCGGGAAGAUACAGGUUUAAGGAUCGGCUCUGGGAGUUGAACUGCGGUAUACUGGGCCUUGGCUUGAGCAUCGGCGCCGCUUUCACCAUCACAGGAGCGUUGAAGAAUGCCAUUGGCAAGCCGCGACCGGAUCUCAUCAGCCGCUGCUUGGUAGACGAAACCAAGGUCAACAAAGCCCUCUACGCACUCCAGACCAUCGACAUUUGCACGCAGACCGACAACUAUAUUCUACAGGAUGGCUUCAAGAGCUUUCCCUCUGGACACAGCAGCGUUUCCUUCGCCGGUCUCUUCUAUCUCUCCAUCUACCUUGCCGGCAAGCUACACGUUCUGGAUGCAAAGGGUGAGGUCUGGAGGAGCUUCUUUGUCAUGGUUCCUGCUCUUGGAGCCGCUCUGAUCACAGGCACACGUAUCAUGGAUGCCCGCCACCACCCAUUUGACGUCCUCUCUGGCGCCCUACUCGGUAUACUCGUAGCCUGGGGCUCCUACCGCCAAUACUUCCCUCCCGUCUCCGAGACCUGGCGCAAAGGCCGCGCAUACCCGAUUCGAGCCUGGGGCAAAGCAUCACGCGCACCCCCACAGCCCACAAUUAUGGUCGACGAGGAUGUCCAACCGCUACAGCGCAUAGACAAACCGGUCGAUGUGGAACGUGGAGAAGCGUCUGGCUAUUCAUCUACAACUGCAGUGCCUGAAGGUAGCGGCGAACAAACAGGCAACGUCUUCCGCCAACAAAUUCACAACUCGCAACGUAGACGCCAGGAAUCAGGGUCGCAGUAUGGCGUCGAUCGGAGCGACACAGCUGCAUCGAGCAACUACCGAACCGGCACAAUGGGAUCUACCAUGACCUCGAAAGUGCACACGUACCAGAACCAGUUGCCGGCUACAAAUCCUUUUGCGGUUGAUGUUGCGCGCCAACGUCAAAUGGACACUUACGACUAUUCGUCAUCGGAAGACGAUGACAACUACGAGUUGCAGUCAAGGGCUGGUGUCUACAAUCCAGUAAACGGAAGGUUGACGGAUACGGGAUACCAUCCACCAGCGGGCAUCUCGCCUGUACCUACACCUCCGCCUCCAGUCAAUACCAUCAUACCGAAUCAACAGGCUAUGAUGUCACCAACGGGGGAUUUGGCUGACAGGAGAGAGGCCCCACCAAUGCCUCCGCCACACGCUGCAGGCACUACACCUCAGCAGAUAUGA